GAUUGGAUGAGGACACCGAAGCCCCUGGAGGAACCGGAUGUUGUGAGGAGCGGGGGACGAGAAGCCUGGGGCUGCAGCCGAGGGGGCCUGCCGUGCUGGAAGAGCUCCCCUGAAGCCGACCUCUGGCCGUCGGAGACCUCUGAGCGUUAGCCCUCCUUGUAGUUCUGAUUGACUUCUGUUUUCACUUCUCUUCCCUCAUGCUCCUUUUACUAUAACUGGAAAUAUGAUCAGCGCCCCUGAUGUGGUGGCCUUUACCAAAGAGGAAGAAUACGAGGAAGAGCCCUACAAUGAGCCGGCCCUGCCGGAAGAAUACUCCGUGCCCUUGUUCCCCUUUGCAAACCAGGGGGCCAAUCCGUGGUCUAAACUGUCAGGGGCCAAAUUCUCUCGGGAUUUCAUUCUCAUCUCAGAGUUCUCGGAGCAGGUGGGACCCCAGCCCUUGCUGACCAUCCCUGAUGAUACCAAAGUUUUUGGCACUUUUGAUCUCAAUUACUUCUCUCUCCGAAUCAUGUCUGUGGAUUACCAGGCCUCCUUUGUGGGGCAUCCAUCCGGAUGUGCCUACCCCAAGCUGAACUUUGUGGAAGACUCCAAGGUUGUCCUGGGGGAUUCAAAGGAAGGAGCUUUUGCUUAUGUACACCAUCUCACCCUUUAUGAUCUGGAGGCCAGGGGUUUUGUGAGGCCAUUUUGCAUGGCCUAUAUUUCCACUGAUGAACAUAAAAUCAUGCAGCAGUUCCAAGAGCUCUCAGCUGAAUUCUCCAAAGCUUCAGAGUGCUUGAAGAAAGGCAAUAGAAAAGCUUUUGCAAAUGAACUUGAAAAGAAACUGAAAGAUCUGGAUUAUACUAGGACAGUGCUGCACACUGAAACAGAGGUCCAGAAAAAAGCCAAUGACAAAUGGUUUUACUCCUCUCAGGCCAUUGAAAAGGCCAAUGAGUUGGCCAGUGUGGAAAAAUCCAUUAUUGAACACCAAGAUCUAUUAAAGCAAAUAAGAUCUUAUCCUCAUCGAAAACCCAAGGCAUCUGAUUGCAAUCCAUGUGAGGCCGAGUGUGCCCAGGAUCAAUCAGCUGACCAGGCAUCCACUACCUCCAACACUGAUGAACCUACUGAAAGAAAUCUUUAUAGGCGAAGACCCUCAUAUACCCCCAAGCUCAUCAAGGCAAAGUCUGCUAAAUGUUUUGACAAGAAGCUGAAAACCUUGGAAGAACUUUGUGACACUGAGUUUUUCACCCAGACCCUGGCUCAGUUGAAUCACAUUGAGCACAUGUUUAGGGGAGAUCUGUGCUACCUUUUGACCAGUCAGAUUGAGAGAGCCCUUUUGAAACAACAAUGUAUAACUAACUUCCUCUUUGAAGACUUGGUAAUUUUAGAUGAUAAAGUAGUAGAGAAACAGGAUAAUACACCUGUGGAGUACAGUCAGGAGAAGCUGCACUCCAGAUCUUUGGAAGACUGUCCAAUUCCUAAAGUGUUAAUUAAUGUGGGAUCUUUUAAGUCCAGUGUGGAGUCUGUACUUAUCAAGAUGGAGCAGGAAGUUGGAGAUGAAUUCAAAGAGUCUGAGGUGACAGAUUCUAGCAUUUAUGAUCAUCAGGAGAAUUUGGAUUACCUUGACAUGGAUAUAAAAGGAAGCAUCAGUAGUGGUGAAAGCAUUGAAGUUUUGGGCACUGAAAAGUCUGCUGCUGUUUUAUCUAAAUCAGAUAGUCAGGCAAGCCUGACUGUCCCAUUGAGUCCUCAGGUGGUCCGGAGCAAAGCAGUCAGCCGGAGGACUAUCAGUGAGGACAGCAUUGAGGUUCUUAGCACUUGUCCCUCAGAGGCCUUGAUCCCUGAUGACUUUAAGGCAAGUUACCCAAGUGCCAUUAAUGAAGAACCUUAUGUAGAAGAGCCUUAUGCAGAUGAUGAAGGAGCUAUUCACUUUAGUGCAAGUGUCAGCCAACAGGAUCUUGGUGAGACAGAGGGCAGUUCAGAAAACACCCUAGCACAAACAGAUUCUGCUUGUUGUAUUGGAAAAGAGAGUUCAAGUCUUCUCAUACCGAAUUCUGACCAAACACAAAAACACUGUGAUGAAGAUGGAGUGGUCAGUAUUCCCCCACAGCGUUAUAAGGAGAGGCAACAGGGAUUUCACGUGGACUUCUCGGUGGAUGAUAUCAACUUUUCUUCCCAAGAGAACACAACAGAAGGUCUUUCUCCUUAUGACUUGGACCCAAGCUGCCUGAGAAGCAGUAGGGAUCUCAGUAAGAUCAGCCUUAAUGAAUAUGGAGAUUCCACCAGCUACAUAAGCAGUGCAGCAUCCACCAGUUCGGAUAGGACUCCUUCUCCUGCCCAUCACAUUGGCCUCUUCUCAGAGAGGCAUAAAAAAAAGGCUGGGCAGAAUGCCUUAAAGUUCAUUAGGCAGUACCCCUUUGCACACCCAGCAAUUUAUUCUCUGCUUAGUGGGAGGACUCUUAUCGUGCUAGGGGAAGAUGAAGCAAUAGUGAAGAAGCUUGUAACAGCUCUCUCCAUCUUUGUCCCCAACUAUAGCAAAUAUGCCAAGCCUGUGAAACACUGGGUCUCUUCCCCUUUGCACAUAAUGGAUUUUCAGAAGUGGAAACUUAUUGGCUUACAGAGAGUGGUUUCUCCAGCUGGUGUCAACACCCUCCAUUCCCUGAACCGAUACAGCCGUUACACUAGCAUACUAGAUUUGGACAACAAAACCUUGCGGUGCCCACUCUACAGAGGCACAUUGGUGCCCCGCCUGGCAGAUCACCGAACCCAGAUCAAACGGGGGAGCACCUACUACAUGCACGUGCAGAGUGUCCUGACCCAGCUAUGCUCCAAGGCCUUUCUCUAUACAUUCUGUCAUCACCUACACUUGCCCAUCAAUGAGAAGGAGACAGAACAGUCUGUGGUCGGCCGACAGGUGAACUUCUUGAAGCUGCACCUGGGCCUGGUAAAUGAGGAUGUCAAAGUGGUGCAAUAUUUAGCUGAGCUGCUUAAGCUGCAAUACAUCCAAGAGCCCAUCAGGCCUAAUCAUUCAUUGCUCAGGUUUGACUACGUUCCCAGCUUUUUGUACAAAAUCUAGGCCUGUUCCCAGCUCUUGUAACAGAAAUGUACAUGACAGGGUCAGAGGGUGCAAUGGGGAUGACCAAAUAUUUGCCUGAGCUUGACUUCCUAUUUCUGCUAUUCAUUGGAAAUGAAAAUUAGAUGGUGAGAAAUGUUAGUAGCAUCAGUGCCCCUCCAGCUGGGGAAAUGCAGAUGGCUAAGAGGGUCCCAACAACUCAAGCCCCAAGAGUGGGAUAUUUUUCACAGCCAAGCUUUCUUGGAAGAUGUUUAAGAGGGCAGUCAGCUACCAUUAAGUUCUUUGUUGUGUCAGUUGUUUGUGGUGAUCAGGCCCCUGGGUUCAGAUCAGCUCUUCAUUUUACGGUGAUGGGGGCAAGGGAAUGGCUACACUGGGUCCUUUAAAAUUCAAAUACCCCUUGAUAUUGAAAAAACCCACUGUAAGCUACAUCCAGCCUACAGAGCUCUGGGCAGCAUAGAAAACCCAAAAGGAACCCAGCCAAACCAUCACAUUGAGGAGAAAAAUGAGCAGGGAAAUCAACCUAUGGCAAACAAAAACUUAAUACAUAAUUUGCACAUUAAUGUCUUCUCAUUAAGACCUCAGGUAAUUGGCAGUGACCCUGUAAUUAUCUGACAUCACUGGAGCCCAUUGUAUUUAAAGGAGGCGUUUGACUGUAUGGCUCCUUGACCCGAGAUGGGAAGAGUAAAAGCACAGGGGCUGCCAUUUUGAAAGCACCUCACCUACUGGCUGGGCAGGUUGAGAAAAUGUCUCAAGCAGCCUCCCUUGAGUGAUGCUGAAUGUAUGUUAGAACCUUCCACUGUUUUUCAUGCCCACAGAUCCAUCUGUGCCUUGUCUGCUUAUUUCAUUGUUCAGUCUUAAUUGGGGAGGGGGUCCCCCAAACAGACUCUUUGAGCUUAGGUACACCGUGUAGCAGAAGUGAUUGGAAGACAGUGGCUUGAAGGGUGCCAGGAGAAGAAAGAACAAGGCAAAAGCCAUGGAAGGGGUGGGGCCAAAGUUACCAGUUUGACCAGUACCAUCAAGCCAGUUAACAUGGUUUUGUUCUGGAUUCUCUCUGAUCAGGAUUUAGUUUACUGUCGUAGCAAAGCUCUGGGUAAGUGUUAAAGCUGUACGGAUCCCUGCUUUCCACUCCCAAAUCCUUUUAUCCAUCAAGCUUUCACAACUUCUUUACUUCCUUUCUUGACAAGAGGCACCUCUCUUGACACCUCUGACAAGGGUGUGGUAUGCUAGCUGGAGUACUCUGGUUCAUUUCACUGGUUUGUGACCAGCUGUUUUCUUGUGUUCUAAAAUUCCCUGAAUUAAUUUUGGCCAGACUGAAAAAACAUUAAGAAAAGGGGCUUAAAUGAGCCCAUGCUUAGAUGAUGGUGAUGGGUUGGAAAGGACAGUACCCACCUCUUGACCCAUUUCUUCCCCCAUAGUGUGCCCUUAACCUCCACAAAGGAUUUAUGGGUGAUUUUAAAAAGGUGGUAGGGAAGGUUGCAUUUCAUCCUCUGCCUCUAUUUCACGGUUACACCUAUUCCUCUUGGCUUUUGUCUUCACUCCUGCCACCAGAAGAUGGAGACAAGUGUUUUCUUACAACCUUGAAAUUUUAAAUGUUUUCAAAGAAUGCUAUUUUUUUCUUCCAGUCAUGAGAUUUUACUGUUUUUAAUUUAUUUCACAAAAAAAUGUGAUUAUAAAUAUGAAGCAACCCUGAAUUCUGUACUUGAAUAUGGUGUUACCACGGAGCCAAGGUUAGUGGAGGAUUCUUAGGUGGUAUGUUUAUUUUCCUGCUUUUCACAUUUGGUAUAGAGCUCCUAGUCUCCUAACCCAAGGGUGUUUGAAGCCAGGUCUUAUUAUGCUGCUGCCUGCCCCCAGGACAGCUAACUUUUCCCUUUCCAUGAAGGUUCAGUACGGUGACCUGUAUGCUCUGCCCCCUCCCAAAGAGAAGGGAUUUGCUUUUGUAUUGCUUUUCUUUCUCACUCCCCUAGCUGUUCUGCUUAAGAGAAGAGAUGCAGCAACUUGGAUUUCUUCGGGUUAUUCCCCCCGCCCUUUACACUGCACAUUUCCACAGCAAAAAGCAUAGGGAAAGAGCUUCCUGGUGCCUUUGAAAGGUGAGGCAUAAAUCUUUUGCUCGCCUCUCGCCUCUUUUCUCAAAUCUGUCGGAUGCUGAUAGUAUUUUAGCUGGGUGGUCAGACGGUGCCUUUGCAGCUACGAAGGAGGCAGCUGCAGUUUCUCUUAAAAAGGAGUGAUGAAAGAAAAGUAUCUGCAGAGCUGCUGUUGCCAUUUGAAUUUUAAGCUUUCUACUGCAGGACUUAGUCGAUGCAAAAGGAAAGUGGUAAAUAGCUGCUUCAACUAGAAAGGGGGUAAAAGGCAACAGCUGGUGUGUGGUACCUCUGUCUUAUGUCACUUACUAGGGUGGUUUCUGAAUAGAGCCAAUUGGGGGAGGAGUGAGGAAAGGGGUGUUUUCCCUAUCUUGACCUCAGUGGCAUUUCAGAAGGUAAAACCAAAAUCGUGGAUAGGGAGAUAAGGAAAAACCAUGACAAUGAAUUCUUGUGUGAAUCCAAGUGCAGCUCAUGACUCAAAAAACCUUAACAAAAGUCAUCAUUAAGAAGGGUGGACUCAGUUUUUGAGUUAUAUUCCAACUGGAAAAUAAUUGGGGGGAGUAUGAAUUCCAAAGAUAUUGUUCAGUAAAAUAAUUACAUUUUAAACGGGUUUUGAAAAAUAACCAGGGGUUGUUUAUGGCUUUGGGCCUGGGUGUUUAACACCGCAACAAAAUGGAAUUUGUCUUAAAGGCACUCUCCGAUGACAUCUAUGUUAAGGCUUUUUCCACUUCACUAAUUAUUAGCUUGCUUCUUUUUUAAUUGGGGGAUGUAAGAGUUAUAAAUACUCAGAUAGAAUGCUUCAGGUUUUUUUUUUCCUGCAAUCAGUACAACAAAUAUAGAAAAACAUUUAAAAAGACAACUCAAACUUAAGUAAUCACAUCCCAGAAACCAGGUAACAUCAGCCCCACUUUUUAACCUUCCCCCCCCCCCCACAAGAUUCCUUUUUAAGUAACAGCUUUUGUUUUUAAGUUUGAGAGUCAAACCUGCAGUAUUUUUUGUUUUAUGCCACCUUUCUAGGGGGAAACAAUGAAGGCAAGAAUUAGGUAAUAUAAACCUGAUUAGGUAAUAUAAACCUGAUUGUCAAACUUGUUAAAGAUUUAUUUAUAGGUAUAUGUUUUAAAAGUCCUAUUCAGAAAAAUAAAACAAAAGGCAUGCAUAAAGCCAUAUUAGUCUCAAAUCUUCGGCUUCAUCGCUUCCCCAAACAAAGUAUUCCCCUCCUGGAGUUGGAAGUUACUGUUUUUAUAUAAAUGUUACUAGGAAAAGUUGGGUGGUUUCACAUAUUUCUCUAUUUUAAAGAUUUAUUACAGUCUUCAGUCAACCCAGCUGGAAAAGGUCAUUUUCCAAGCAUACUUUUAAUUUAUAUUCAUGUUUAUGGAUAAACUUUUGUUUGGAAUGAAAUAAGAGCAUAAUUCAAACCUAAAUGAAUAAGCUGAUCCCACUUUAAGAUCCUAGAGGGGGCCAACAGAUUUGUCAGGGCUGCUAAGAUUCUAUGAAGUGUCUCUAAGUAAAAAUGACUGCUUGCUUUACAACAGUCUGUUUUUUUGUCAAUACCAAGAGCAUGUAUCCUCCCAACAAACCCUCAGUGUUGCAUGUCAGGUCAUAGUCCCUAGUGUUAUCUUUGUGGUGUUUGUCAGUGCAACAACUAGGCACACCUUCUCAGACUAAUAGAAUUCAUCAGAGCACCCUUUGGAAGAAUGGCAACAAAAAGUUGAGGUCAGGUGGUUUUUUUCAAGUUCACCUCCCUAAGGGUUCGGAAACAAUGUCUUGAUUUAUUCUUUAAGUCAAACUCGUUUUCUGGCUUUCCCCCAAUACUGUGGUUUGUAUUAGGAAAUAAGAGAAUUGAUUAAACAGGUAAAAAGAGGGAGGCAACAGGGUCUUCCCUGCUUCUACACUGGGACAUAAUGCAAUAGAAAUUUCCAACACCUUAAGCUUCCACUGUCUGCUUUGAGAAGCUUGUGGUCUUGACUCAGUGAGCACUUACUUAUAUGCUCUUUUACACUUCUGAGAAGGGAAGGCACAAUAGUAAAAGUAAGUUAAAGCACAGAGUCCAUGAGGUUGGGAAAAGGACAAGGGUACCCUGAGGCCAAGUAACCCACAACUGUUGGGCCCAGGCCUACAGUUAAUAGCUUGUUCCUUUAUCCUAGUGAAAAAAAUGAACUCUUUCCAAAGCGCCAGUGCCGACCAUCAACCUGUAUCCUGAAAAGAAUAUGUUCACCUUAGGGAGAAGAAGCGGUUUACUGCUUUUGUGUGUGAAUGUGUGCGCAUGUGUGUGCGUGUGCGUAUGUGUGUGUGCACUCGAGCGCGCGUGCGCACAUACACUUUAGACCAUCAUACAAAAUUCACUACUGAUGCCAGAUCCCAGAUGGAGGCAAAGAUGCGAAAACUGGUGAACAAGUCACCCAGAGGGGUGACUUUUAAGCACCGACUUCCCCCAAAUGUAAUGAGUCAAAACUAGCAGUUUGGGGCUGAUUUUAUUUGAGAAGGCAGAGCUACAGGGUACAAUCUCACCCCCUGACAAUUCAAACACUGAGGAGUCUGGAAUACUGAUUGGGUUGAGAUAAAUACUGCCUUUCGGGUUGUAGUGAGGAACAUGGGCUGUGAUGAAUUCUCACUUAUUUUAAAGAAAAACUAUUUUAUUAUUGCAUGUUCAUUUGUUUGUAUUUGUAAGCGUGUGUACAGACCAUUGUGUAAGCAGUAGUUUAAACAAGUGCCCAAUGGAAGUAGUAUACUUGGCAUGUCUGUAAUAUCAUUUUAGAGGUGUUGCUGCACAAGUAUGAGUUAAUGCCAAAUGAAUAGUAUGAGAAAUGUACUGUAAAAAAGUUAAUUUAUUUGCGUUCCAAUAUUUUUGAAAUACAAAUUUGGUUGUAUUUUUAAAGCUAUAAUUCUUGUCA